UUCCGCCUAAAGCUCUAAACUAAAAACAAGAAACUUAUCGCUCGGAGGAGACAACUCAGUUGAUAUUAGCUUUUGAGGCUAUUGUAAAGCUGAGUUUUGGUGGACUCAAAGAAAAAAAUGUGACGAAAUAUGUUGUGAAAAUAGCUGUAUUUUUGGCCUCUUGGUCUGGCUUCAUGUCGGGAUGUUUUCGCCGAACAUGGAAACAAAAAGAGUCGAGAUCCCUACCGCGCUAUUGGACGACCUCUGCAGUCGCUUUAUUCUUCACAUUCCAAGCGAGGAGAGGGACAAUGCCAUCCGCGUUUGCUUCCAGAUCGAGCUGGCUCACUGGUUUUAUUUGGACUUCUGCAUGCAAAAUACACCGGGUGCCCCUCACUGUGGAAUAAGAGAUUUUGCAAAAGCUGUUUUCCAACACUGUCCUUUUCUGCUUCCUAAUGGAGAGGAUGUGCAGAAGGUUCUGGAACAGUGGAAAGAAUACAAGAUGGGUGUACCAACAUAUGGAGCCAUUAUUCUAGAUGAAUCACUUGAAUAUGUGCUGCUUGUUCAGGGUUAUUUGGCGAAGUCAGGUUGGGGUUUCCCAAAGGGUAAAGUAAAUGAAGAAGAAGCUCCUCACGACUGUGCAGUUCGUGAAGUGAUGGAAGAGACGGGUUUUGAUAUAAAGAAUCGCAUCUGUAAAGACAUGUACAUAGAACAGAAAAUCACUGACCAGUUAGUGCGCCUUUACAUUAUACCAGGUGUAUCCAAGGACACCAAGUUUAACCCCAAAACAAGAAAAGAGAUCCGGAACAUUGAGUGGUUUCCUAUUGAGAAGCUCCCGUGCCACAGAAACGACAUGACCCCUAAAUCCAAACUUGGACUUGCGCCAAAUAGAUUUUUUAUGGCCAUUCCUUUCAUUAGGCCACUGCGAGAGCAAAUCAGUAAACUCAAAGGCGAGUCACCAGACAGCGAUGAGGACAGUACUCCAAGCAAAUUCUCAGACAAUAAUCGGUCCAAGUCUCGUCGCAUGACAGGCACAGAAGUUCAUUCAGCAGACACCAAUGCCAAACACAAACAGCAGAAAAUGACAGGCCAAUAUGAUCUGUAUCAGAGCCAAACUAUAAAAAGCAAUGGGAAGAAAAACCAAGAGUCGCCCUAUGUGAAGAAAGGUAGUGAAAAUGGAUUUAGCAGUCUGCAGAAAGAAGACAAACGACUUCAGCCCAGAAGAUUGCAAGACAGUUUUGAGAAAGAUGUGGCUCAGUUCAACUCCAAUGGUCACCAAUCCUCUUCCUGUUCAGAGCAGCUUCUGUCAUCAAAUGCUUUCCUCAACUUCAAAUUUGACAAAGAGGCAAUCAUGAAGUGUUUUGAUAAUUGAUCACAAAAACUGAACUCUCUUUUGUACACUGCAAAGUACAAAGACUUUGUGUCGACUUUUACCAUCUUUUUAAGACUGUUCCUGAAUUUACCAUGUUUAAAGUUUUAAAUGAACAAUCAUUGUUUAAGAGUUUUCUGUAAAACAGACCUCCAGAAUUUUAAACCUGGUCUCAAUCCUCGAUGGGUGUUUUGUGUUUUUAUCUUUCAUGUUUGGCGCUGAAUUCCUCACUUACUUGGAUAAUGAGAUCAAAUCAAGAGUACAUUAGAUUUUACUUUAUUAUUUGACUCAAAUUUAUGUUUUUUUUAUGGGGGUAGAUGAACAUGAACAUUAUGAUAGAUGAACAUGUGAUUUAAGCAGUUUUAUUCUAAAUGAAUGUUUCUAAUGUUUAAAGUGCUGCUCAGACAUAUCAGCCAUGUGCUUGUACAGUUUUAAAUUCAGAUGUGUGCUUAUUAUUCAUGCUCCCAAAAUGGUGCAGGUUGAUUCUUUCUUCACCAAAUGUUGUUUGCCUUUACUAAAUGAUGAAUUAAUUCAUUAUUGCCAUCUAAUAAUAUAAGCUUCAAAUCGGCCUACAGCUAGAUUCUUUUUUCAUCUUUUUUCUGAUUAUGUUAUACCAGAAAAGCUGCACUGUGUAUAAACUAAGAUUGCUUUUGUUAAUGUUUAAUAAAUUAAUGUUUUUUUCUA